UUAGUUUUAUUUGAAACAGACAUAAUUGUUCGAGUUGUACACGUUAUCUUCAUUUUUAAUGUUCACUUUGACCCGUAUUAAUUAUUUUCUGACAGUGCAAAUAAUAUCUCCGAGGGUCGUGAAAGCAACCCGGAUCCUAACAUUGUGAUAAAUGGUCUUCAAUAUAUUCCAACGGGGCGCCCCUCCUGGCCAAUCAGGGUGUCUGCAGCAGCUUCGACACCACCCCCCAGCGGCCGCACAGGCGCACUGAGCUCCCAACUGCCAUUUUGUGGCAGAGGCUACUCUGCUAAAGCGGGAGAGGGAUUAAAACAAACUGCGAAGAAGCCUGCAUUUCUUACCAGCCUAUUAAACUUUGUAGCAGACACUCUGUGCUUUCGGUUGAGUUAAACGGGAGGAGAAACACACUAAAAAGAGGUUUAAAGGCAGGUAGCAGCCUGAAGCCUAAGUUCCUUCCCAGCAUGGACGGAGGGCCAACAGAGGGUGUAGGGGUGGUGGAGGUCCCCUCCAAAGACUUCCCCUCCAUCCAGGCCGUUCACAGCCAGGAUGCCAUGGUUGCUGACCUCCUCCAACAAGCUGCAGAGGCCGGGGGCGUGGUAGAGGGACAAGCUGGAGUUGUCCUUGAACAAGGUCAUGGGGAAGGAAUGGUAGCAGCCACCCAGGCCCAGCAGCAGCUAAUGGAAGCUGGGGUCGGGGUUGGUGUAGAAGGCGGAGCAGGGGUUGAAAUGAUGGUUAUGGAUUCACUGGAUCCCACCCUGUUGCAGAUGAAGACUGAGGUGAUAGAUGCUGCAGUGGGGGGAUCAUCAGCCGCAGUGGGUGUUGUUGGAGGGGUAGCUGGUGCCGCUCACCAAGCGACUGUAACAACGGUGGACCAGACUCAAAUCAUCACACUGCAGGUGGUAAACAUGGAGGAACAGGCAGCUUUGGGCCUGGGAGAGCUCCAGCUCGUCCAGGUGCCUGUUUCUGCCACCACAGUGGAAGCCCUGCAGCAAGGCACUUUUGUAGACACCACUGCAAUGCCAAAGGAUGGAGACCCAGUCAUCUGCCACACCCUGCCACUGCCAGAGGGCUUUCAGGUAGUAAAGGUUGGUGCUAAUGGAGAGGUGGAGACAGUGGAGCAGGAAGAGGAGGGAGGAGAAGCCCACCCUGAAGAGGAGGAAGACGAGGAGGUGGGGAACCAGCUGUUGGAAGAAGGGGAGGAUGAGCCUAUUCAGCCUCCAAAUGACGACCCAAACUGGAAUAAAGACCCGGACUAUCAGCCCCCAUCUGGAGCUGUCAAGAAGACCAAAAAGGGUAAAAAGAGUCGUCUGCGUUAUGCUGAAGGAGAUAAAGACAUGGAUGUCAGUGUCUAUGACUUUGAAGAAGAGCAGCAGGAGGGCCUUCUGUCUGAGGUCAAUGCUGAGAAAGUGGUGGGCAACAUGAAACCACCCAAACCCACAAAGAUCAAGAAGAAAGGAGUGAAGAAGACAUUUCAGUGUGAACUGUGUAGCUACACCUGCCCCCGACGCUCCAACCUGGACAGACACAUGAAGAGCCACACCGAUGAGAGACCUCACAAAUGCCACUUGUGUGGAAGAGCCUUCAGGACAGUCACCUUGCUAAGAAACCAUCUCAACACACACACCGGAACUCGUCCACACAAGUGCACAGACUGUGAUAUGGCUUUUGUGACUAGUGGAGAGCUGGUUCGUCAUCGUCGCUACAAACACACACAUGAGAAACCCUUCAAAUGCUCUAUGUGUGACUACGCCAGUGUGGAGGUGAGCAAACUAAAGCGUCACAUUCGUUCCCACACUGGUGAGCGUCCAUUCCAGUGCAGUCUCUGCAGCUAUGCCAGCAGGGACACAUACAAGCUGAAGAGGCACAUGAGGACACACUCAGGAGAGAAGCCUUAUGAGUGCUACAUCUGCCAUGCCCGAUUUACCCAGAGUGGAACCAUGAAGAUGCACAUUCUGCAGAAACACACAGAGAAUGUGGCCAAGUUCCACUGUCCACACUGUGACACUGUCAUUGCACGCAAGAGCGACUUGGGUGUCCAUCUUCGCAAGCAGCACUCGUUUAUUGAGACUGGAAAGAAGUGUCGUUACUGCGAUGCAGUUUUCCACGAGCGCUAUGCUCUGAUCCAGCAUCAGAAGUCCCAUAAGAAUGAGAAAAGGUUCAAAUGCGACAUGUGUGACUACUGCUGCCGCCAGGAGCGCCACAUGGUGAUGCAUCGUCGAACCCACACCGGAGAGAAACCAUAUGCAUGCAGUCAGUGUGAGAAGACCUUCAGACAGAAGCAGCUGCUGGACAUGCACUUCAAGCGCUACCACGACCCCAACUUUGUCCCCACUGCCUUCGUUUGCCCGAAGUGUAGCAAGACCUUCACUCGCAGGAACACCAUGGCACGCCAUGCUGAGAACUGCAGCGGUGAGGCAGAGGAUGCUGAGAACGGAGCUCCAACCCCAAAGAGAGGGAGAAGAGGAAGAAAAAGGAAGAUGAGAAGCAGGCGGGAUGAGGAUGACAGCGAGGAGGAUCACGUUGAACCGGAUGAGGAAGACGAGGGGGAGGGGGAGGAAGAAUCAUCACUGCUACAGGAAGAGGAGGAGCCAGAAAGCAUGGAACUGGACCAGGCUCCUGCCGCCAUCCCUGUACCAGCCCCCGACGAACCACCAGUCAAGAGGAAACGAGGCCGGCCCCCGAAGAAUGCCCCCAAGCCUCCUGCAUCCAGCAAGUCAGUCAGGGUGGCUUCCAAGACAGCUGCUUCUGCUGCUGCCAUCAUUCAGGUGGAGGAUGAGAGCACCGGAGCAGUGGAGAACAUCAUAGUGAAGAAAGAGGAGGGUGAUGCCUCUGCAGCAACACCUCUGGAGCAGGGAGUGGCCCUGACAGUGGAGGGGGUGGGGCUAGAUGGGGAAGGGGUGGAGACUGUUGAGCUGGCUGUGAAUGAGGAAACGGCAGCCGCCGCUGCCAACGGAGAUCUGACUCCAGAGAUGAUCCUCAGCAUGAUGGACCGGUGAACACAACACACAGUCACACACAUGUAGCCGGACUAUGUCUAAAAUUGGCGAAUACAAAUUAACAUUUCCACAUUUUCAUGUUCCAUCUGUGUGUGCUUUUAAUAGCAGCCAUUUUGCUGCAAGAAAUGGUGACAGCAAAAACAACCGUGCACAAAGUAAGAAAGCUACAUGCAAAUAUUUCACAUCCAGUUAUGUCAGCCUGCAUACUGAUGUUUGUGGGUCUCAUAUGUACACACAUACACAAAAAUACCAGAUCCACCCUCACACACACCUGUGUCAUCUCCCACAUCAUAUACAAUAUCGUCCAAGGCUAACAACCGACUGCUCUCAGCUCUUAAAUACUUUUUUCAGUUUGAAUGUCUUCUGAAUGAAUCAUUGUGUAUUUUGCUACUUGUGUCUACCCAAAGCCACAUCCUGUGUCAGUCCCUACCCACACAUUCUGCAGUUAAUGCUGAGCCGGAAACUAACUCCUCUCUAUGAUGCUCUGCCACAAGGAGUCAAUAUUUGAUCUACCUUCACCUCUCACUUUUGUUUUUCUGCUGUCUUGCUUGAGGUUCUUGCAACUAUGCUGAUUUAGCAACUUCCAAGCCUUUAUUUGUGUAUAUAUAGAUAUAAAUGUAGUUUUUCCUAAUGAAGACGUAGUAUAUGGUACUUUAGUUUGCCUCUGAGAUAUCACUUGCUCUCAGUCAUAUGAUCUGUAUAUUUUUUUUCCCCCAAAGUAUGACUUUCCUCCUUGGCCUGUGUUAAGACGUGGCCCAUGUUGUGGUGUUAGUAGUUGGCUGUUUGUACAUUGAGGCUUUUGCAGUACAACGUUGAAGGAUUCUUUUUAAUAAAUUCCCAAAUGGACAGGCAGACACAUUCAAAUGAACAGAACUCCGUGACUACCAGUCAGCUAUCUUGUUCAUCUGUUAGCCAUCCAAACUGCCAGCACCCAACUUGUUCUAUGAAAACUUUCCCUCAGUCAGCUCUUGUACAUUAAAUACGUGUGAUAGCUGCUAAAUUAGUUUUCCAGAACCAACAUAGUUUGAGUUUUAAGUUAUUUUUUGACUGUUUUUCUAUUUUCUCCUACCUAUCACUGUUGGAAGACAAUUAUCAUUUAUAGUUAAUGUUCCUCUUCCUCCUGUUUAAAAAAGAACAUAGAUAGUUUGCCAUCACAUAAACUGAAUGACCCCUGCUGGGAGAGAAAAUACAGAGAAUACUGAUUGGUUAAAAUAUUUUACCGUAGUUGUGAUUUUUAACAUUCCAAAUACUUCAAUUAAUAUGGAAUUAUGUCUAUGCAUUUGAAUCAUCUCACUUGAAUUAAUCAGUAAUAACAAACUCAAGCGAUGUUUUGCAAGGUAAUAUCAGCUGCUCUUUAUUCCUCCUUUAAAUGUAUUCACAUCCCAGUUCAUAUUGUGUUUAGAACAGAAAUGAAAGACCAGAUUGUGAAUCAGUGUGUUGCUCAAACACCACCCUCCCCCACAAUAAUCAUUGAUCACCAACUGUGGCAGGUGAUUUGCAUGUACAUAUUUUAAACUCCUUUGCUUUUUGAUUUUUUGUGAACCUUUUUAAUGUUUUUAAACAGCUGAUUUGGAGAUAUGUUGGUUAAAAAGGACAUCAAGGGUUUCAUUAAUGUGGUAGACAUAUUUGUACCGUACCUGGUACUCCAUGUCCUGAGUUCAUAAAGGUGAUCUGCAAAAUGCAAACAAAAUGCAAGCUUUCCUUCCACUGAUGAACCCAUCUUAACCAACCAAACUGAAUUGAACUAAUCUGAAUCACUAUGAUUUUUCUGUUCAUAUUUUGUUGCUCAUAGCCUUUUUGUAUCUGCUUUGAUACUGUUACAGUUUUCAUUUCUGGCCAUUUUGUAGUGGUCACUGGGUUUCUCUACAGGUUGGUUGGUUCAGUUCAGUAGUAUGACAGAAGCUCUGUCUCAGUCUGUUCUCCUUUAUCCUUUGGCCCAAAGGUAUGAGGCUUGUUUCACGUUUGCAGGAACAAGAUGAUCUUGAGUAUGUGCUGAAAGACAAAACUCUUUGUUUCUAAAAGCAGAUGCUGAAUGAAGUUCAGCUUGUUAAUUGUCUGUAAUAAGACCAAAACAACCAUCUGGUUCUUUUUUUUUUGUUGACAGGUUCUAAUGCUGUUUUUAGAAGGAUGGCAGUUUUUGGAGGCUAUGUAUUUUGUUUACUCAAUAUUAUGUAAUCAAGAGGGCUAUUCCACACUAUCCUCAGCCUUGGACUAAGGCUCCGUUAGCCUAGGUCAUGCAGUUCCAAUGGCCUGGGCUUUCAGUCAUUGUCCAUUUGCAGCUGAUACCAAGGUAUGUGCUGACUUUGGCCCUGGCCAAUCACUCCACAAAAGGAAUCUUCAUGGUCCAAAUCUUAACAAAUCAUAUGAUUUGAAACUGUUGAAUAUGUUCAGAUCUACAAGCUCUGAAGUGGCUUCAUUUCCCAGUGACAGUUUGACCACAUAGGUUACAAUUGUUGUUAUGUGGCCUUCCUUUUAUUACAACAAGACCUGUCAUUGUCAGAUGGAACCAUCUUCUCUGUAACAUAACAUUGAUUAGAUGUUCACUAUUAUAAAAAUGAGGAUGUACGUAAAGAACAAUGGACAUGGAAAUGGUCACAGAAAAAUGUUAGUGCCGAGAUACUGAUAGGUGUCUGAGGAAAUUAAUGUUCAUACAUCAAACUGACACUGUAACUUUUGUAAGAAUCAUUCAGAAAGUGACUGUACCGCUGCGGUCUGAGAUGUCUUUCUGUAAGAUGAGAGAAAACAAAAUGUUCUGUUAUCAAUUUAUCAUGUUAUUGUUCUGCAGGCGGACAGAUGGAAGAUUGAUGUCUGCCUGUUCUCAUAGCAACAGCAGUGUUUUGUUUUGGUUUUUUUUUUUUUUGUACCAUGCUUAUUUCUUUUGCAGAAUUGAAAGAACAGUUUUAAGAUUUAAACACAUCCCUGUAGUAAGACCAAGAGAACAGAAGAAACCUUUGUCAUGUCAUUUUGAUGCUGAGACACUGUACAGCUGAUGAAAAAUAAAAUCAUCCUAAUGGGCCUACAA